AUGACUAUUAAAACACAUUUGGAAAGAGAUUCAUACUUUUUGACUCAAGAAAAAAAUAGUAAAAGUUUUCAACAUCAUUCAGAAAUAAAAUUUACAGGAAGUAAUCCUUAUUUUAUACCUAUUUGGCUAUUUGAAACGUGGUCAGCUGUAGAAUUUAUUGAUGACCGAUCAGUUGAAGUAGUACCGGCCUACUGGCUAAAUAAGAACAAACGUGCUUGGCCAAAAAAAAUUCAAAAAAGAGUCAAACCAAAUGAAAUUGAGUUUGACUUUUUAAAAGCUCAUAAAUUGGGAAAAGAUAAAGAUAAUUAUACUUUAGCUAGAGAGAAAGCUAAAAAGGCAGGGUAUAUGUCUGACUUAUCAACAAGUAAUGACACACCAUCUAAAAAGUUUGAAACCAAAAAUAUGAAAUCU